AACACGAGAAAGGUUAGACAAAAGCUCCAAAGUAAACUGCACCUUUCGCUUUUUCUGCAGAUUCUUCGUCUUCCAAUCCGCAAAAUCCAUCGCCAAAUUCGCCUGAGAAAUCUUAACCCGAUUCAUCUAAGGGAUUGAAGGAUAGAUUGAGAUAAUUGGGUCGAUCGUGGGAUUUUCCCAUACCCAUUUUGAUCGAUCGGCAUGUCCUUCUCCUUCUUCAAGCCCUCGAGGCCGAAAACACCCCAGGAGGUGGCCAAGACGAUCAAGGAUAGCCUUAUGGCUCUCGAUACCAAAACCGUCGCCGAAGUUAAAGCCCUUGAAAAGGCGAUGGAAGAAGUUGAGAAGAAUUUUGUGACCAUGAGAUGCAUGCUUUGUGGAGAUGGGGAAGUUGAACCAAAUCCGGAUCAAGUCUUGCAGUUGGCAGUUGAAAUUUGCAAGGAGGAUGUUCUUGAUCUUCUUAUUAACAAGUUGCCUACUUUGGGAUGGGAAGCGAGAAAGGAUUUAGUACACUGUUGGUCCAUAUUGUUGAAGCAAAAAGUUGACUCCACAUAUUGCUGUGUGCAGUAUAUUGAGAACCAUUUGGAAUUGCUAGAUUUUCUAGUUGUAUGCUAUGAUAACAAGGAAAUUGCUUUGAAUUGUGGGAAUAUGCUAAGGGAGUGCAUCAAAUUUCCAACCCUUGCAAAAUACAUAUUAGAGUCUCCCAGCUUUGUUUUAUUCUUCAAAUUUGUGGAGUUGCAAAACUUUGAUGUUGCUUCUGAUGCAUUUUCAACCUUCAAGGAUUUGCUUACUAAACAUGGAGAUGUUGUCUCUCAAUAUUUGACUGCUCAUUAUGAUGAGUUCUUUGAUCUAUAUGAAAAGCUCCUGACAUCUUCUAAUUAUGUCACAAGAAGGCAAUCUUUAAAGCUUCUAUCUGAAUUUCUUUUGGAGCCUCCAAAUUCCAAUAUAAUGAAGCGCUUUAUUCAAGAAGUUCGGUUCUUGAAAGUCAUGAUGACAUUGCUCAAGGAUUCAAGCAAAAACAUCCAGAUCUCAGCUUUCCAUAUUUUCAAGGUUUUUGUUGCUAACCCUAACAAACCAAGAGAAGUAAAGCUUAUUCUGGCCAAAAACCAUGAGAAGUUAGUGGAUUUGCUUCAGAAUCUCCCCGGAAAAGGAGCUGAUGAUGAAUUUGAUGAAGAAAAGGAACUGAUUAUCAAGGAAAUUCAGAGAGUCUCCCGACUACCACACCUUGAACGUUAACCUACUCCUUAUUGUUGGUAAUUUCCCAUUCUAAUUCUAAGGGAUAAUAUCUGUGUCAACAAGCAAAGAAAGCUGCAUUUACUGAUUGUUAAGCCACCGGUAUGGUGAGAAUUUGUGAUCACAUGAAAUCAUGUUAGUGGUGUCAUCUAGGCACCUCCCAUUGCAGAUCCUCCAGACAAAUUUGAUCAUGCGUAGGUAAAUAUGAGUUUUGCAUAGUAAACGGCAUUUGUGUGAGCAAUCCAUGUUCUGUAAUUAUGUUCUGAGUGAUUUAGAUUUAUGACCCUAGACCUUAACCGCCGGAUUAAGGUGUGAAGCAUAAUUGAAGCUCUUCUAUUUGCCAUUCUUUUAUGAUUUUAACUUCUGCGUUUGCAGUUCCAUAAAGGAUUAAAUGCACAGAGAUGAUUUCCCAAUUCCUAUUAUUAACCUGUGAACAUGAUGGCCCUGUGACUUGUAACGAAACAGGACAUUGUGGAUUGAGUGUGGUGUGGAGGUGAGGUGUCUAGUUGGGUUAUGUUUUAUUGGAUGUAAUCACAAAUUAAAUAAAGCUUGUUGGAAGGA